AUGCCUUCAUCAUCAGUCCUACUUCCGCAGGAAGUGCUUGAACACAUUUUAUCGUUUUUAUGCAAUGACCCAAACAGUCUCAAAGCAAGUUCACUCGUACACUCACAAUGGCUCGUGGCCAGUCGGCGAUACCUCUUCCAUACGCUUAGUUACCAUGCGGACGAAGCCAAGCCUUUCCAUCUCUUCCUUGUGUCGAUCUCAUUUGGAGAGUUGUCAAGAGUCACAAACUACGUGAAGGAACUCAUCUUUGCGGGACAGACAUCCGACUUGGCAGCUGGAAGAACUCAUUUAUCUUUGUCGGUCUUGAUUCUCAUUGUGCAGCGGCUGCAGGCUCUUCGCAGUCUAGAAGUCGAAGACGUGCAUCUGACAUACGAUUUUCGCCCUGAAUCCUCAUACCUCUAUCCUGUCUCCACUACUAUGCAGAAGCUUACUUUCUCGCCGGAGGUCUCUCUCGAUAGAUCAUGUUCAAGCUUUCACAUCCGUCCUCAUAUUAUUUCCGAAUUUAAAAGAGCUUCAACUUUGGUCACUCAUCUGGGAUGCUUCUGA